GCACCGUUCACCACCGACGCUUCGAGUAGUUCCAAUUUCUAUUACGCGCGCGUGUUUUCAUUCAGCGUGCGCCGUCUAUCAUCGCCGAACAAGUCGAGAAGAGUAGGAACGAAAGAGGGAGAGGGAGAGGGAGAGGAAGCAAGAGUGAUCGUUCUACACUGACAAUCGACCAUUUCGUUAUCGUCAUCGGAAUAUCGAGUGACGCGUCGAUUGGUUUAACGAGCCAUCAACGCGAAUGAUCGUCAUGCACGAUCGGCGCGUUUGAAUCGUUCGCGAGUUUACAAGAAACCGCGAGAGAGGAUAUCGAGAACGAGCCCUUCGUAGACUACCGACGAGGGAAAAGAUGAACGCGCCACCGGUAUACGCGUCCUCCUGUCCAGCGUUGCAGUCGAACCUGUCGCUGCACAGUUCUUCCUACUACAGCGAGUACAGCGGAGCAGCGAGGAGGCGGCUAUCGUCGACAGGAGAGGCGGACACCUCGGCCACGUCGAGCUACGAGGGCAGCGACAGUUCCGAAAACAGCGACGAAUCUCGCUUGGAACCGGUCAGCCAGAUAGAACGGGAACAACUCGAAACGUUCUUUCGAGGGUUGAAAUCUCAGGUGUUCGUCUGCGAAUCGUUGGCGAACUUGUACCUAGGAAGCGCGUCGCAGACCGAAAGAUGGGAGCUUCGAUUCACUGGAAUUCCAGUGGUGGUGCUGGAUCUUGGGGAAACGCGAUCGAGAUCGAAGAGGCGGAUUCAAAUUCUGUUAGCCGAGCGCGGCACUUGCUUCACCCUUUGGAGAGAAACCAUCGACAACUUGUCGUCGUACAAGGUGUCAGGACCGGCUUUCCACACGAUGUGUCUCUCGUCCGAUCACACACGCCUCGCAGGCCUCAGUUUCGACAAUCCGAAGGCCGCGAACGACCUCUGGCAGCACAUAGAGCGGCUCGUCUCCUGUCCGGAGAACAUCAGCCUCUCGGUACCGGGGAAGAAGAAGAAGAAGAAGCCGGUGCAGAAGAAAGUGGUUCUACCGGCGAAAAGCAACAUCAGCCAGCCGUGUCAAUUUCAGCACGUGACGAGCGUCGACGCAGCCGAUCGAUCGCGAUACUUUUCUCUACAAACUUUGGUCCCGCCUCUCAACGAGCUAGAAAAUUCCCUCGAAGCGAAUUUCUGAGAUGACGAGAAGCCGAACGGCGACCGUUCAAACUCGUAGCUCU